UGGACCUGUUUUUCACUUGAUCACAAAUUAUUCAUAUAAGCACGUGUGGAAAACAUGAAUACAUGUGAAAUGUAGACACUGUCUGUAGGGAAUGUGAAUUAUGGGUUAAUGCUUCUAACUUGAGUACAGUAAGAUAUACCUGUAUUUUCCAGCUUCACCUAAAGGGGUCAGUAUUGCUUCUCUCGCUCUCUCUCUCUCUCUCUCUCUCUCUGGCGGAUGGGUUUCCUUUAUGAUCGCGGGAUCUCCCUCAUCCUCCAGCAGACACGCACACUGCUUACACUCUUCCUCUCGCCAGGACGCACUGACUUCACUUUCGCGCGUCCCUGAAACCUCCGUGUUUCCCUGAUAUUCAGAGGAUUUGUGGUUUUUACUUGAACUGGAUCGUGACUGCUUCUGUCAUCUGCUAUUUGGCUCGAACUUGUGUGCCAUCAUGUCCGAAGUUCUACCGUAUAACGAGGGGAAGAUGAGCGGCUACGGAGCGGACAACGAUGUCAGCCAGAUGUCCUUCAGCUGCGGGCUGCAAGACACGAGCUCGUUCUUUGGGGCGUCGCAGGCGAAAAGACCCCCAAAACUCGGCCAGAUAGGCAGAGCAAAGAGAGUGGUUAUUGAGGACGACCGAAUAGACGAAGUCUUGAAGGGAAUGACGGAUAAAGCGUCACCGGGCGUCUAAAGCUCCAGCGGCGCCUUGCAGACAUUUCAUUUUGAACACAUCAGCGGUUUGAAGCAGCAGUCGGCUCUGUGUGGAGGAGGAGGAGGAGGAGGACGGAGGGACUCGACGCGCUGCCAAAAGGCGACACAAGGCUAAACUAGAGAGAGGCGGCGACGACGAGAUUCACUCGGCAUUCGCUGGACAUUCUACAAAACGAAAAGCCGAUUUAUAUAUUUAAAAAAUAUAAUUAGAUAAAAGCAUCGCUGCGCAGAAAGUCAUCGACGACGACGCGGGUUUCCAUGUGGCUCCAUUAACGACCUCCUGCCGCCGCUUUGCCCGGUGGACGGACUGACAUCACUUCAUGACCAUUUUCUUCCAAAAUGCACCGUUUAAAGCAUUGACCUUCGAGCGCUCAGGACAGAGCACACCUCGAGCUUGUACAGUAUCUACACUACCGUUCAAAAGUUUGGGGUCACUUUGAAAUGUCCUUAUUUUUGAAAGAAAAGCACUGUUCUUUUCAAUGAAGAUCACUUUAAACUGAUCAGAAAUCCACUCUGUACAUUGCUAAUGUGCUAAAUGACUAUUCUAGCUGCAAAUGUCUGUUUUUUGGUGCAAUAUCUCCAUAGGUGUAUAGAGUAGGGCUGGGCGAUAUGGCUGAAAUCUGUAUCACGAUAUAAGUGUUUCAUAUUGGUCGAUAUCGAUAAUUAUUGAAACAUUUUAUGACCUAUUUAAAAUAAGGACCAGGAGGGAACAAUACUAAAUUCAAACAUUUAUUUUAAACUUAAACUUCCUCUGACAGCCAAUAAGCAAGGAAUGUCAACACGCAUGUUCAAUGUUACGAUCACAACAAAAACUGAGCAAUUAUCAAUAAUAAAGUGCUUAAAAAACUCAAGUGUUAUAAAAACAUGAGCAAAGUGUUAAAUGUAAACAGAGCAAAACCUGCUAUGUGAGAAGGACGGUCAUAUUUUUAAAUUUUUUACUGCAAGUUUAGUGCAAAAAAAGUUCACCCUCUGGUGAAUAACAUUUAAAAACAUAAAUAAAAAUAUGCAGUGCUUUAUAAACAUAAAAGAAAUUGAGUGAAACUGAGGUAGACUUAGACUAUUCUUAAACUAUUCAAGUAUAUUUUCACUGAAGGUUUAAUAAAAUAAAAAUAGUGUUUUGUAAACAUAGAAGAAAUUAAAGUAAAACUGAGGUAGACGUAAGACUUUACAUCUGUAACAUCUGACCUUACUGACUUUAUCCACAAUUUCCUCGCUCGUUCCGGCACUCAUCUUUCUUUUCUUGGCCACGCUGUUUCUGGAAAAAAAAUAAACACGACCACGAGACAACGAGAUGGCGCAACCAAACGCAAUACUAUUACAUGAUUGGCUAUCAGCGUGUCACUCCCUAUGCGUUGCUAGGCACCAGAGGAUGAGUGCCUUUGCUCAUGCAACCAAGCUUGCUUCGCAACAACAGUUGAUUGAAAGCGGACCUAAACCAGAGAGGUCUCUGGCUAACGCUUGUUUCUUGAAAAAAAAAAAAAGAACAUUCUAUCGAAACGUUCUAUCGAACGCAUUUUCUAUUGAUAUCAAGUAUGUGUCUAUCGCGAUACGUAUCGUUAUCAUUUUAUCGCCCAGCCCUAGUAUAGAGGCCCAUUUCCAGCAACUCUCACUCCAGUGUUCUAAUGGUACAAUGUGUUUGCUCAUUGCCUCAGAAGGCUAAUGGAUGAUUAGAAAACCCUUGUACAAUCAUGUUAGCACAGCUGAAAACAGUUGAGCUCUUUAGAGAAGCUAUAAAACUGACCUUCCUUUGAGCAGAUUGAGUUUCUGGAGCAUCACAUUUGUGGGGUCGAUUAAAUGCUCAAAAUGGCCAGAAAAAUGUCUUGACUAUAUUUUCUAUUCAUUUUACAACUUAUGGUGGGAAAUAAAAGUGUGACUUUUCAUGGAGAACACAAAAUUGUCUGGGUGACCCCAAACUUUUGAACAGUAGUGUAAAACUUGAAAGACUUCUCUUUCAACCUGUAGCCUACACGCGCUUCAAAAAAAGUGACGGGUGUCGAUCGAAACCGUACGUGCGCCCCUGCUCACAGUGUAGUGCAUUCCAGCUGCUACUAGACCUGUUUAUAGUCUCUCUCUCUCUCACACACACACACAUCACAAGACCCAGUUGAUGGUGCAAUGUUAAUAUCUGUAUUUACUGUAUUCUCUUCAUUUAAAAUGACUGAUGAGGGUUUAAGCGUAUAACCUUCGUAGACCAUUCGUGUUGAUGAUGAUGAUUAGAUAGUAUUUUGCCUGAUUUUCAUGACAAUAGCACGUGAUCCUACGUCGAUGGACCGUGCAUUAAAUUCACACAAAAUGACUCAACAUGAAUAAUAUCCUAUAAAUAAUGACCCAAUGUAAUUAAACCUCUACAAGUAAGUUAAUUUUAUCUUUUAAAAAGAUAAAUGGCAUUGUCCAGAUCUUCGAGUUCUGUUUCUCCACCUCUUUGCAUGAACUUUGACCUUCAGUGCCAAUGCAGUUGACGUCAUAACUUUUAUGCCGUAUUCACAUUACUGCGGAAAAAUCAACGUAGCGCAUGAUUUACUCACUCCAGCACUGUUGGUGGAGCUGGGUGGGUGGGCCUAGAUGUGUGUCUAGGUUUAUAAACAUGGGGUGGCAAAGGGAAAAGACCACACUACUAAGGGGUAGCACCACUCAGUUAUGUAGCGAUAAAAAACGUUGAAGUUGUUUGGUGCAAAAUCAAUGGCCAUAUAAUGAAAUUAUUGUAUUAUGUAGUUGUUAUAUAGCUUCUAAUACUAAAGGUACUUGGUUGAAAUACCUACACCAUCAUAGUGAUCACUUAAAAUUAACAUAAGUUAGAUAUGAUUCAUUCUGCAGGAAUUAUAUAGGAAGAAUAGACUUGUAAGAGAUGUGAUCUGUAGUAAGAUUUGGUGUGGCACGAUUUAUUUAAAGGGUGGCAAGUGCUACAUCUACGGCACCCAUUUGACCUUCCUUCUGGAUACAUUGCAAACAGGUAUCAUUUUAAGGCUAACAUUACUUAGAAAACUAUAACAAUACAUUUUUGAACUAAUCUUACAGGUUGUUAUAGGGUUUAAUACUGUAAAAGCACUCAAAGUUUGUGGUUUUUUUAAGGUCCGUGCACAGCUGGAUUAAAGUGUAUUUUGAACCUUUGUCAUUGCACUCUACCAGCACAGGGUGGAAAAGGGACGGGGACAACACUUAAUUCAGGUCAAUGUCCGUGCAAAAAAAAAAUUUCCACAAUGAUAUGAAUACAGCAUCAUUCACAGCACGUUUCUUUUUAAUAAAGUCAGUUUUGUAAUUUUUUUGCAUCCAAGUAUUUAAUAUAUAUAUAUAUAUAGUCUCUGCUAUUUUAUUGUCUUAAAAUUCAACAAAAAAAAUGUUUGUAUCUUGGAAAGAAAUGCGAAGAUGGCAUACCUGAAAGGGUUGUAAAGUUGUUUAGUAUAAGACAUGGGGCUUCGUUUUGUCUUUCUCUCCCUUCAAAGGGACAUGCCGAAUGUGCUUUGGGGUUUAUUUGCACAAAUCAAUGUUACUACUAUAACUAAGAAAUCGUAUACUGUGACCUGAGCUUCAUUCGUUAGAAAAUGGUGACUUUAGACUCUGCUGCACUGUUUACGACUAUCUUCAAAUAACAGUGUUAUUUGAUGAGUUUCUGAGCAUUAUAUCUAUGCGUUUUGUUGUUUAUUUUGUACCAUUCUUAUAAAGAAAUUGAUUAUGGUUUGUUGUGCAUGAAACCAACUUUUCAACAACUGGCAUUGUUUUAUGAAGCAAAGAAGCAACAAAAAUGUAAUCACAUUCUGAGAAUGAUUCGUUGUAUAUUAUGAUGCCAUUUUCACUGUACUUGGUGAAUUAAUAAAUGGUG